GCAGCGUCAUUCGUCUAGCACACGUUCACGAAAUUAAGACUAAUUAGCUGGCUAGCAGACUUCAUAAAUAUGACCUUUUAUUGCACGAAGCGGUUAAUAUUGUGACAUUUCUCUCAGGCUGUCAGUCCACAUCAUGGCGUUUUCCUUGAGAAACGACCCCCGCAGGCCGGACAGCCCGGACACCGAGUCUCCGGCCUUGUCCACCUGCAGCAACGCGGACAUCUUCCGCAGGAUGAACACCAUGCUGGGUAAUGCUCUGGAUUUCACUGGUGUGUGCACCACACCUAACAACACCAAGGGAAAGCCAGACCUGCUGUGUGAGUCGGAGCUGGCUGCGGUGGGCAGCAGGAGGAUGCUCUUCCCCAACUGUGGAAGCAUGCCCGGCUCCCAGGAGAUGCCGUCAUCCAGGGGCCCGCCGGGUGUCACAGACCUGGGCCUGGGCCUGCAGUCCCUCCGGUUGUCUGGCUGGGACAGACCCUGGAGUAGCCCGGAUACGGAGUCGCACGCCUCUUCUUCCCAGGUCCAUACCAGCUCACCCUCCAUGCUAGGUAUACUGAACAGUCCUUUCAGUAGCAUCCUGGGGAAGCCCCAAGCCUACCUGCCACCUGAGUCCAUGAGCAUGACGGCUGACUUCUUGGAGAAGUUCCCCAGCAUGGCUCGCAUAGCAAACCGUCUGGACUCCAGCUCCUUCUUGGACUCUCGCUCCAGUAGCCCUGAAGACUCAGAGACCAGUGGAUUCAGCUCUGGUUCGGACCACCUCUGUGAUGUGCUGUCAAAUUUGCGGAUUUCUCCUCCCCUGCCCUACUUGGCGUCAAACAUGCAGAAGGAUCUCCUACGACUUGGCUCUCAUCUGGACCCCCAGGACUCCAGCUCUCCCCUGACCCCACCAUCCAGUGCCAGCCCUGCUUCCUCGGUUAUUUCCCGUCGCUGGCGUACUGGCUCUCCAUGGCCUGGUGCCGACGUGCUCGACCAAUCGGAUGAUGUGUUCAGUAUUGAGCGGGAGGCCCGUCUGCACAGACAGGCUGCAGCUGUGAAUGAGGCCACGUUCACCUGGAGCGGUCAGCUACCACCCAGAAACAACAAAGAUCCUCUGUACUCCUGCAAAGUCUUUCUUGGUGGUGUGCCUUGGGACAUUACUGAAGCCGGCCUGAUCAACACCUUCAGUGGGUACGGCCCGUUGACUGUGGAGUGGCCUGGUAAGGAUGGAAAACACCCUCGCUGUCCUCCGAAAGGUAAUGUGGCCAAAGGCUAUGUUUAUCUGGUGUUUGAGAACGAGAAGUCUGUGCGUGCGCUGCUCCAUGCCUGCUCCCAGGACCCGUUUCACCCUGAGGACAACCGGGAGUACUACUUCAAGAUGUCGAGCCGCCGAAUGAGAUGCAAGGAUGUGCAGGUGAUCCCCUGGGUGAUCUCUGACAGUAACUAUGUGCGCUGUCCUGCUCAGCGUUUGGAUCCCAGUAAGACGGUGUUUGUUGGUGCGCUGCACGGCAUGCUGAACGCUGAGGCGCUUGCCAGCAUCAUGAACGACCUGUUUGGAGGAGUCAUGUACGCUGGCAUCGACACGGACAAACACAAGUAUCCCAUAGGCUCUGGAAGAGUCACUUUUAACAAUCAGCGCAGUUACCUGAAGGCUGUGUGUGCAGCAUUUGUGGAGAUCAAAACCCCCAAGUUUACAAAGAAGGUCCAGAUCGACCCUUACCUUGAAGACUCCAUGUGUCAAGUUUGCCUUCGCCAACCCGGGCCUUUCUUCUGCAGAGACCAGGCCUGCUUCAAGUACUACUGCCGCUCCUGCUGGCACUGGCAGCACUCCAUGGACAUCUUGAGCAACCACCGGCCCCUUAUGCGUAACCAGAAGAGCCGGGACUCCAGCUAGAGCAGACGGACCCGAUCGCUCUGAAGGGCCAAAGGAAGAGCCCCGCAGUACGGGGCGAGGAUGCCUGCCAAGAGGAGAGCACGUGUGCCGGACGUCCUCAGUACGAGGACUCCUAGGCAUCCACCAGGCACUGGGGAUAUCACUGUAGAAAAUGUUCACUUUUUGCACUUGCUACAUUUUUGCUGUUGUUCACAGUGGCACUAUGCACAGUGACCUUGUUGGGAGAAACAAGGGGCCCUUCACACUUAUGCAUUUUCCCAGACUUGUGGCCAGACAGAGAUGGAAGUCAGCCCUAAGGGUAAGAAGUGGAUGAAAAUGCCAUUUCUUUUUUCUUUUUGUUUACAUGUGUUGCAUAGUGAAGAGCAAUCACGCAAGUCUCAUUGCCGUUCAUUGGCAAAUGCCAUACAGUGCCUUUAAAUUUUUAUUUUUGCCCCUACCCCCAGUUGGCGUCCGUUUUUUCCUGUGCAGGCCAACUGGCGUUUCUUACUUUUGGGAGUUGAAUGUUGGGCUUCAUUUAACCAGUCGCAUUUCAGACAUUUUUACGCAGUUUUUUACUAAUUUGUACACAAACGGUUUUAAGUCAUGACAUGAAAAUUUUGAACAGAAUUCUACCAGGCGGCUGUUUAUGGGAAAACCCCCCCUUUUUAUUUUUUUUCUCAUACAUUUUUCUGUGGCGGUUUAUUUUCUUUUUAAUUUUGCCCUCCAGAUUUCAACAGAAUGGGCACAGACGUACUUCUUUAACUUGCUUUAUUGGUCCAGUUAUAUUAAAUGUGUGUAGCAGUAGUACUGGAUAAAUCAACUGGUGGUCCAUUUUUUCUCAAGUAAACCAAUGGAGCCUGUUGAGACUAGAAUAGAGUGAAUGAGCAUCUGAUUGUACAUAGUUUUGAUUUUUGCACUUUUUAAUUUGCACGAUUGGAAAGGUGGCAGUGGUUUUUAAUCACUUUUGUACAUCAGCAGGGGGACACGCCUAUGUUAGAACAGCUGCUUGUUUCCUGUUGAAUGUAAGAACUUCCACUACGCUGAUGAUAAAUUAACCUAUCCAGAGCUUGAGUAGACCCCCAAAACCGAUUUCACGCUUUCUUAUCCCAUUUUGCCUUCCAGUUCCCGUUGAACAUCGAUGCAUAAUAAGCUGUGUGCCAAAGACAAAGUGUCGUUUCUUUAUCCAUUAAGUUUGUCAUGCUGAGCUUGUUGUCCCUUUUUAGCCCAGCUGCUUUUUAGAGUUUUGAAAGUCUACCUCAUUGUGGUCUGCCAAGUUUGCUGCUACUUACAGUUGUGGAGUAUGUUCAGAUUGGGCACAAUAAAGGUGUUUAAGCAUUA